AUGGCCGACGCACUUUCACGAAGGUAUGUUCUACUUGCUACUUUAGACGCCAAAUUGCUAGGAUUUGAAUACAUCAAAGAGUUGUAUAUGAAUGAUAGUGAUUUUAGUAAUGUUUAUCAUGCAUGUGAGAAAGUUGCUUUUAACAAGUUUUAUAGGCAUGAUGGGUACUUGUUUAAGGACAAUAGGUUGUGUGUACCUAAUUGUUCCAUGUGUGAGUUGUUUGUACGUGAAGCACAUGAGGGUGGCUUGAUGGGUCACUUUGGUGUAACUAAGACUUUGGAUGUUUUACAUCAAGUUAAAACCGCAUGGUUUUCUCAGAUGGCUCACUUCAUAGCAUGUAAUAAAACUAAUGCUGCAUAA